AUGGAUUACUACCAACCGGUGGAGAUUAACGUUCUCUCCGCUCAAGAUCUCGACUCCGUAAACCUUUUGUUCAGACCAGCAGUCUAUGUUUCUGUCUCGGUCACUCGCGGUUCACGUGACCAGCAAGUCACUCCAGCUGCCGUGUGUUGUAAGAAACUCUUACGGUGGAAUUACCGUAUGAGAUUCUAUAUAGAAGACGACAAGGUUCAAAGGAACGAGUCGGUGUUUGUGUUUCAAAUCAAGGUUAAGAGGUUUCUCGGGUCAGAACAAGUCGUCGGGAAACUUUUCGUACCGGUUAAGCAAUUGCUUCACUUGAACGAAGAGAAGACGAUAACCGAGCAUACUAAUAUAAAUUAUCAGGUCAUAACCGAGGCCGGACAAGAUCUCGUGGACGGUAGACCAAUGGAUACAACUGUAGUUGAAGCGGGCUAUGAUGGACCGUGUCAUCCAGGGACUCCACACUGCCAUUUGAAACAAGGUGACGCAAUGGAGCCUAAUAGAUUACCUCACGACUGGCCUUGUACUCCAGCUACUCCAGAUUGCAGACCUUGUAAUCCAGAGAAUCCAAAUUGCUGA